CAACAAAAAAAAGCACGCAAUACAUGGACGGUCGAACUGUCAGAGGGAAUUUCUGAAAAUCAUUUUCUACCUCUUGUGCUUCUUCUUCCUCCUCGCAGUAAAGGACAAAUAGUGCGAGAACGCGUUUUUGCAGUGCACAGUGCACACGGUGUUCGUGCAGAGUCAUCCCGAAAGCGAAGCAAAAAAAAAAGAAAGGAACAAACCCGUACGUUGGUACGUGCGUGUGUGAGGUAAAAGACGAACGAGCGCAGGCGGCAGAGAGCAUUUAACUUCCGAAAACCAGCUGAAGCCAGCUGGACGGCGACGACGACAAGCAGAACUUUCCUUUACAUUCGUGGCAAACGCCCGUCGAGCCCGUUCUUUGUGUGUGUGUGUGCGUGUGCACGCAUCGUGCCGUUGUGUCUGAUUGCGUGCGUGUGCCCGCGUGUUUGUGUGUGGUUCUGUGGUGAAAACACCAGGUGAAAAAGGGCUUCUGGGAAGGCGUGUAAAGGCCACGGCUAACAGCAGCGCGUUAGCAAACAUAAAAAGUCCGGGAACAGCCACGCGCCCAACAUGAAGAUCACACUGAAAACACUGAAGCAGCAGACGUUCUUCGUCGAGGUGGACGUGGAGCAGGACACAGUGCGGACGCUGAAGGAGAAGCUGCACGCGGAGAGCGGGCUGGCGUACCCGGUCGACCGGCAGCGGCUGAUCUAUCUAGGCAAGAUCAUGGAGGACGACCAUCUGCUCAGCCAGUACAAGCUGGACGAUAAGAAGUUCAUCGUGGUGAUGAGCAAAAAGCCCCCGGUGGACGAACCGGCGCCGGAGCAGAAGGAGUCGGGCGAUGGCAAGCCGGCCGACAAAGACACAGCCGCUGCCAGGGGCGAGGGCACGGGCGAACCGGCCACCAGCGCGUCCAAACCGUCCACAGGCUCCGCCGUCACCGCCACAGCCAGCAGCACCGCCACCCCAUCACCAGCAGCAGCAGCAGCAGCAGCUGCCGGUGCCCCAUCAACCGCCAGCGAUCAAAAGACAGCGGCCGCCGCCAGCCCUUCGGCGGACAGCAGCAACCCGACCAACCCAUCAACCGAUGCCGUGCCGGAGGAGAUGCGUGUCAACAUUCAGAGGCUAACAGAGAUGGGCUACCCGGAACAGAGCGCUCGGCUUGCGCUGGAAAUUUGCGCCAACAUUCCGGACCGGGCCGUCGAGUACCUGCUGUCGGAGAUGGGCGGCGGUAGCGACAUGUCGUUCGCGCUGACAGCCGCCGCCCAGUUGCAGCAGCAGCAGCAGCGACAGGGACAGGGUGCUGGUACCGGUGGUGCGGCGGCGGCCCAGUCGGGCGACGCCAACCCGCUCGCCUUCCUGCGCGAUAAUCCCGUGUUCGAGGACAUGCGUCGCAUCCUGCGGGACGAUCCGUCGAUGCUGCCGUACCUGAUGCGCCGGAUGCAGGCGAGUAACCCGGACCUGCUGAACAUCAUAGCCGAGUAUCAGGACGAGUUUCUGGCGCUGAUCAACGAGGGCAGCAAUGCGAGCGGCCAGCCGGCCGGCCAGCCGAUGUCGCGCGAGCUGGAGAGCAUUGCAGCUGCGAUGGUCAACAGCCUGACGCCCUCGGACAUGGACGCGAUCGAGCGGCUGAAGGCGCUCGGCUACCCGGAGCAUCUCGUGAUCCAGGCGUACAUUGCGUGCGAGCGGGACGAGUACGAUGCGGCCAUGUUUCUGGUGACGCAAACGCUCGACGAGGAGGAGUAGGGUGGGCGGGCGGCUUGAGACAGACGGGCAGCCCGUCAGCGACACACACACACACGCACACGAACGAACAGCCCCCGUUUUCGCGAGAGAAGAGAAUUGCAAAAGUCGGGGUGGGGCCAUCGUUCAACGGUUUUUUUUUAAAUCCACGUGAUGCACGGAAAAAUAGAUUUUGGAUUUUGUAAUUAUUCAACAAGAAGGGCGUACCCGGAUGUGUGUGCGUGUUUUUGUGCCCAUGUAUGCGGCGGGUGUGUGUGUGUAUGUUGACGAUGUUUCAAAUUUUUGCAACCCUUUGUUUAUCAUCACUUACAUUUUUAAUUCAUUAUUUUGCAAGCCCAUCCGGGCAGGUAGGAAAACAGAUUCAAAUGGAAACAAAAACUAGCGCAGCGCCCCCUCCGUUUAAUGACUGAGACGAAAGACGUCUUGCGAUUGGGAAAAUCAUCCCCUCCUCCCACACAGCUUUUGGGAAGGAAGGGAGAGCACGGUGAAGAAAAAAACACAACGAUGGGCGGAACGGGGGGAUUAGAGGUUUAUCCAAGAUCAUCUGGACCCAUGGAAAAAUGAAACGAUUAAACGAUGUUAGCGCGAAAUGAAUGGGCACCAAACAUUACGGUUAUUUCUUCUUGUUUUUUUUUUCCUUCUGUUUGUACCACAAAUAUUCACAACAAAAAAAAAACACACAAUCUAAAAAACCAAAUCUCUCUCUCUUGUAACGGCAACAACAACAAAAACAAACCAAGAAAUUGCACUACUUACGCAUUGUGCCCCAAUUUCCUCUUUAUGUUUAAAAUAAAAGCUCUGAAUUCUGGUUCGUCCAAGAAGCAA